AUGAAUAAGGUAGAGAGACCAGAAGAGCUAGCUGGAGUUAUCUCUUUCUCCCUCUCGAUGCGAAGGACGAGAGUGAAAUUGGCGCGGGCUGGACGCCUGCGUGCUCAGAGCGCGGCACUUGAAAAUAACCUCUCUCACGCGGCAUUUAUAUGUAAAAAGCAAAAGAAUAUUAUCAAAAGUGGUAUGCCUAAAAAGAAAGAAAUUGGAAAAUUCAGUUCCCAACGUAAUUUGACUACUAUCUCAGCAAGACAAGGGACUGUUUGGAGUGAUGACCCACAUGAAUUUCUUAGUCCAGCUGGUUGGAGGACCUCCCGAGCUGAGUCUUCCUCCCGCAAACAAUCAAACGCGGGUCCUAGGAUUUGCGAAAAGCUUAUUCCUGCCAAAGGCGCCACAGAUACGAAGGCAACAAAAAAGACAGAUACAAGUCAAAAAAGUCGAGGAUUUGGUGCAGACAGAUUUAUAAAGGACAUUCCUUCUCACGAGGUUAACACCUUCGGUAGCUAUAGUUCCAAAUAA